ACAUCCCCGGCGCCGGGGGGAAAAGCUACCAGGGAUGCGUCUCGUCAGCCUCGCGCGCGCGGCCCCUCGCGUCCGCGCGGCGUCGACGGCGGCCACCCCCACCCUGGCGGCGGCGCUGAAGGUGGGCGACGCGCUGCGCCCGCGCCGGCGGCGGUUCACGGAGGAGGACGUGGCGGCGUACGCGGGGGUGAGCGGCGACCGCAACCCCGUGCACCUAGACGACGCCUUCGCGCGCGGGACGGGCGGCUUCCAGCGCGGCCGCGUGGUGCACGGCAUGCUCGUCGCCUCCCUCUUCCCCGCCCUCAUCGCCUCCCACUUCCCUGGAGCCGUGUACGCGAGCCAGUCCCUCAAGUUCGCGGCGCCGGUGCACGUCGGGGACGAGGUGGUCGCGCAGGUGCAGGCGCUCCACAUCAAGGCCACCGGCGCAAGGCACAUCGUCAAGUUCGCCACCAGGUGCUUCAUGGACGACGAGGAGACUCUCGCCAUCGACGGCGAGGCCAUGGCUUUUCUGCCCACACUGCAGCUCAGCACAGAGGCAAUCGAGUGACAAGUUUCAGGAAAGUGGGAGAAGGAACAAUGGAGCGUGAGAAGUAAGGCGGGGGAUAAUAUGCGGGAGUAGCAAAGACAGUGAUCCCAUAUUGGCUGUAACCUGAGAAGAUGUGUUCCCUCUUUCCCUCCAAAACUGAGCAGAAGCAAGUUGUACUGAGCAAAAGGAGAGCAAACAGUAAGCAUCAACCCCGUGGUAUUCCUUCAAAAAUUUAAACUUUAAACAGCACACUUCAGAUGUCUAAUGGACAAUUUUUA